GUGUUGGAAAGAGUGCACUCACUGCACAUCGUGGGGAGUGGGACACACGGAUGCCGUUCUUCUGUUAGCAUGUUUAUAAAGUAUGGGCCAUGGGAUUUGCGAUAACAUGAAUGCCGCUGCCCUUCUGCAGAAAGUGCUUUUUGUGAUCAUUUUAAAGCAGACGAUGUGCAAAACACUCACUCUCCGCCUACCAGAGGAGCAGCCGGAAGGCGUCUAUGUCGGCACCCUGGGCAGGGAUUACCUACCCCCAUACUCCCUUCUCGAUACGGGCUAUCUCAGCCUACAUGAAAGCACCGGUGACCUGUACACCACACAGCAGAUCAUAGAUAGAGAGGACGCGUGCCCCCAUCCACAAGACAGUGACUGCACUAUCACUGUGUAUGCGGUUGUUGGCCCUCAACACGCCACAGAAGUGGUGGAGAUCGUGCUGAUUGUGGAGGACGUGAACGAUAAAGCACCCACCUUUCAUGAGGGUGUCAUAGACCUGAGUGUGGCGGAGGACGUACAAGUAGGAACACGCUUUGUCUUGGACGGUGAGGCUCACGAUGCGGACUCUGGCGUCAACGGGGAGAUCAGCUACUAUUUACAGGGCGAUGGUGAGUUUUUUAGUUUAACACAGGACGGGCCCUCUAUUGUGCUGGUUCUGGCAAAGCAACUGGACCGUGAAACCCAGGCCCGCCACCAGAUGACCCUCAUCGCUGAGGACCACGGCUCAAAACCCCUCUCAGGUACCGCCACUCUCGUGGUCACCGUGACCGACGUCAAUGACAACUGCCCGGUGUUCGAUCUGGACAGCCCCCGCUCGGCCACCAUUCAUGGAAACGCAUCCAAGGGCACCUGGGUGACUCAGGUGAGAGCCACUGACAGGGACGAGGCCCACAACGGGGCUGUGGCCUACACGUUCAGCAGGAAGAACUCCGAUAAGGCGCUGGCCCUCUUCCACCUGGACCGCCACAGCGGACUGGUCACCUUAGCUGCCGAUGUGGCGGCAGCCACCGGCACCAGCGACGGUGACAGCGGCUACGCCGCCGCGGAGGACUUUGUGCUCAAAGUGCUGGCCAGCAGCCCCCUCUGCUCCCCCGCCGUCUCUGAGGUAACCGUAUCCGUGCGGCCGGUGACAAGGCCCGAGCCGGCCAUCAAGAUCAGGUUCAUAGCCGAGCAUGAAAACCAAACCAUACUGUUACAGGAGAACGCGCAGCCCGCGGCUCUGGCCCUUGUCGAGCUGCUGCUGCACGACGAUGCCCUCGGUGACAGCCCGAACAGUGACAGCAGCAGUAGCAGCAGCAGCAGCAACAGGAGCAGUACACUCACCCUUUCCAUAGAAGGGGAUGACGUGCCAUUCACCCUGAAAGCGCAGACCAAAAACGGCAACUAUCUCCUUUCAUCAUCAAAGCCGCUGGAUUUUGAGACAUGCUCCGAAUACCACAUUGCUAUUGUGGUGAUAAACGCCCGGGGCGAGCGGCUGCAAAACAGGAAAGUGAUCAAAGUGCUGCUGCUGGACGUGAAUGAUAACGCCCCCCAGUUCGAGCAGACUCACUAUCAGGUGGACGUGAUGGAGAACAACGACCCAGGUGCGAACAUCAUCCGUGUCAAGGCCACCGACCCAGACAGCCGGCGCAACGGUAAGGUGUCUUAUAGGCUGGGCAAGAACACCUACCCGAUGUUCCGCGUCGACCCGGCGACCGGUUGGCUGUCCGUGACGGUCUCCCUGGACCGGGAGCGUCAGGAGUUCUACACCGUCAGGGUGCUGGCCCGAGAUGGCGCCGACCCGCCCCUGGAGAGCUCGGUGGCCGUCUCCAUCCACGUGCUGGACGAGAACGACAACGUGCCGGCCUUCCUCACGCCACACUUCAUCUUCUUCGUGUCGGAGAGCACCCCGCGCCUGGCCGCCGUGGGCAAGAUCGGGGUGACCGACACGGACCGGGGCGACAACGGGCACGUAGAGGUGCGCGUGGUCAACGGCACAGGGCCGUUCGUCAUGGACAGCGCCAAGGGCACGCUGCGCUGCACAGAGGAGCUGGACCGCGAGCAGCGGGACCGCUACGACCUCCUACUGUUGGCGCUGGACGCGGGACGGCCGCCGCUGUCGUCCACCGCCAGGGUGACCAUCUACGUGGAGGACGUGAACGACAACCAGCCCCAGGUGAUCCUGCCCAGCAGCAACCUCACCUGCCUGACGGUGCCACCCUCCACGCCGGCCGGCGCCAUGGUGACGCGCAUCUUCGCCGUGGACCUGGACUCGGGCAGCAACUCCGACAUCACCUACCACCUUGUGGGCAGCGAGCCCGCGUACGCUAACGCUGACGGCGUCCACGGGUGCCCGUUCCGCAUCGACACGCGCUCGGGCAACGUCUCGCUAGCUCAGCGGCUGGCGGGCCAGGACCACGGCAUGCACCACCUGUUCAUCGUGGUGAGCGACGGGGGCAAGCCGGCGCCCCUGCAGACCACCGUGUGGGUCAACCUGCUGGUCAACGAGACGUCUGCGCAGUGCCACCUCAGCAGUGUGCCCAAGAGCCUGCCCAGCAGGCUACCCAGGCCCACGGUGCCAAAUCAGUGCCAGGGGGGCAGUGCCAGCGAGCAGCUCGGGGGGCAGAACCCCCACGUCAUACUACUCAUCGGCCUAGGCAUGGUGGCCGUGUCACUGUGUCUGCUGUCCAUCGCUGUGGGGCUUUUUGUGAAGCAGAGAAACAUGAGGCAUCAUCAUCAUCACUCACUCUCACACUCACAGGCCCGGGAAAUAAUUCCUCUGGGGGACAGCAGGGACUGCUCUGAACAGUGGGAGAAGGAGUCGGCCUGAGUCAUGUGGGUGUACAUUACCCUUGUGUGAAGGCACCGCCUGACAGAGAACUCUUUUUUUAUUAUUCUUUG